AUUAAUCCAACUUAUUCAUUGAUGCUUUUUCUGUUAAAGUUUAACCUUUGCCAGUUUAGAACAAAAAAGACUGACCAACACUGCUUCGUGCUGGAUAACUUUGAAAUGAGCUUAAAUUAAACUGGGUAAAGUCAGUUACAGAGAUUUCGGAUCGCGAGAGCAAAACAAAGCGCAAUAUUCCUGACACGAAACGCGGGAUGUUAACGUUACAUGAAUCGAAAGCGACUAACAUCUAAAAGUUGCAUGUUUUUCACAAGAAGGUGGUAAGAAGUCCCUUUGUAUCGUCGCUUGGGGAUAAAGGGGCGGGUUGAUGGGGUUUGUGUGCGGUUCUCAAGGCAACGGUCUGAAGUUCAUGCAUGCAUUCAUAUGAAGAGCUCCGUGUACGCACUUAUUUCUGAGGUAGUUUUACAUGAGUGUCAACUCCUGAGUGGAUAAUAAUAAAUUAGUAACUGGUCUGAUAAUCUCUUCGCUAUGACCCUGAGAGAUCUCAACAUUGCUGCUGAGGAGAUGCGGGUGCUGCAGGGGCUCAGGGUGAAGUGAGAGAUAAAGAGGCAGCUGAUGGAGCGGAACAGAGGUGGUACCCCUGCAGGAGUUUUGGUGCGGACAACAGCCCCAGUAUACUCCUCUCCCUCAAGCCCAGAGGGGUCAGACUUCAGCUGGGAUGAAGAAGCAGAUGAGGACUUCCAAAGCCAGAUGGAUGAGAAUGGCAUCAUUGGUCUGGCAGAGAGUCAAGGGCAGCUGGAGGUGGAACACAGAGAAGAGGAAAUAGCAGAGGACCUGUUGUGGGAUGUGAAGACCCCAGAACCUGAAGAUGGACCACCACCAUCUGCACUCCAGGAGAUAAGCUGUCAUCUCAGUGAACUGCUUUACUCUGAACCUUUCUCUCAGCCCACUUACAUGCAAGAACAGAUUGCAGAUGAUGACCAGAGUGUUUGUUUGGAGGACUGGACUGAUGACGAAAAUGAUGCCAGGAGCCCAACAAUCCACAUAGAGCAAUUAAACUCUUUUCCAGAGAGAGACAGAACAUUAGACAUGACAGAUGAAGAUCUAGAAGAAAACGACACAAGUGAAGACAUUCAGAGACACACAGAUCAGUCAUGUCCUGUCACAGAAGAGAUGGCGACUCACAUCGACAGAAUUAAGGGCCUUGAUUUCAGUAACCAUAGGAAUGAGGAUUCCCAAAAUAUUCCAGAUUUAGAAAUAACAGAGCAUUCGGAAGAAAGUGACUAUGAGGUACUCAAGAAAAACAGGGUGCGUUUUCCUCCAACCACACUUUUUUCCUCUCCAAAUACUCUUCAUACCUUUCCUCAUUUGACCUCAGAGAAGCAGAUAAGUAAAUGGGGGGUUGAGGCUGAGACUUUUCCAGAUCAAGCUCUCCCCAGUAGCAGGGUGGAGUCAUCUCUGAGCAGUCAUCAAAACUCAGCCUCUAAAACUGUUCUAUAUAAGUGGGAGGAGCUUAAACCCAAGGUCACAACUCAGACUUCAGCGAAAAGUCCUGUAACGAAAAGCAGACUUGAACAAACAAUCCACGAUGGUAUGAAUGAAGAGGAAUUACACACUCCUUACCACAACCACCAGCUUCCAACUCCCUCUCCUAGAAAAACAAACUCAGAUUCUCAGGAUUUUUCUAAAGCGAGCAGCUCUCCAGUUUCUCUACCUCACCGUUCUUCAGCUAAAAAUAACCCAAGAAUCUCCAAAACCUCUUACACUGAUCCAGAUGAUGUCAGGAAAGGGCAACUGAGCCACCCAUUACCAGAUUUCUCAAAAGUGGAGCCAAAGGUUCGUUUCCCAAAGGGUGGAUACAAGCCCCCUAAAAGUCGUGCAGUUGCUUAUGGCAAAACGUCACACACAGAUCUUCCUAUAGUGUUCAAAUCUCCUGCUGAGAUUGUGCGAGAGGUCCUGUUAAGCAGCACUGACGAAUCUCCAGAAAGUCCAACAUCCAGCAAGCAUCUAAACAGGACGGUACCAGAAGAGUUUCGCUGCCCCCAACAGGCCAGCACACUUGUGCAACAGCUACAGGAGGACUAUAACAGGCUGCUGACCAAGUAUGCAGAUGCUGAAAACACGAUUGACCGACUCCGUCUUGAAGCUAAGGUAGGUCUUUAUUCUGACCCUCCCAAACCCAGUACUGCUGUCCUGUCAGGUGUCAUUCAGGAGGGGUCAAAGGUCAUGACCCUCAGCUUUCCUCAAGCACAGAGGGUAGUGUUUGGUGCAGAUUCUGCUAAUGUGACCCAGCAGAAAGAUAACUCAGAAAACUCCAAAAAAGCCCCAACUCGCCCAUCUUCCGUGAACUCUGUCUCCUCCAGGAGGUCUGGAUCCAUCGGUGUGACUGCAGAGCAUUUAACAGAAACUCUGACCAACCAAACCUGCAGAUUUCAGCUACAGGUUGAUUCUUUUGAGAAACUACUGAAAAAUGGGAAACUGAAGCCCUGUGAACAGUUUAAGGGCCUGUCCACACUGGCUGAGGGACAGGAGUCUCUCGAGAGGGCUUACCUGGAUGCACGAGCCCAGUUUCAGAUGCUACAGCAACAUCAAAGCAGGCCUUCGACCUUUGACCCAGACAGGGAACUAGAGGGUCAGAUAUUCAAAUCAGGGAUGCGAUUGGAGGAACUGAGAGAGCGAGGAAAACAGAACCAGCCCACUUUUGAACCUCCUUCGACUCCACCUCCUCAUUCUGACAUGCUGUCUUUGUCCAUGCUGGAGACUGAACCAUUACCCGAGAGCCCACUGGCAGCCACACAUCCUGAGGCUUGUGUCGGUGUGGAGGUGAGUUCAGUUAGUGGAGAGAGUGAUGAAGACAGAGAGGAAGAAGAGAUGCUUCCAUCCCAUCUUCAUCCUUUGUAUGACAAACAUCAGCGUGUGGAGAAGGACUUUGGUAACCUCAUUGAUCGCUACCAAAGUUUUAAAGAGCUCCCAGGGCUGAUGGACAGAAGCGUCACUUUGAUGAGCUGCGACUCUGUGGAUUUUGAAGACUCUUCUCCUACCAGAAAUGGAUGUUUAAAGGACAGACAGCAACACAGGGCAACCACUGAAAGAGAAAAAACUAUAUCUGCUCGCACGCAGCCUGCAGCAGAUUGUGGCCCUCCCUCUGGCCCAUCCGUGAGGUCACAGGUGUGUGAUCCUAUGGAAACUCGCCCCAAGGCCCUUUGCCACUCCUCUCUGUUGCCAGGGCAACCGGGCAGGGAGGCGAAAACAGCAGGAAACCGAAAGGAUCUCAGCAGCAGCCUGACCAGCCUGGCCGAGAGCACAGAGACUGGAAAUGUGCUCUUAAAAGCAAAGCCCAAGACUGUUGUAGCACCCCCUCUGGAUGGAGUUGUGUCUCCAGAGACAGACAGUGGUUUUAUGGGCUCUGAGAGCAGUCGAUUCACUCCUGCAGUACACAGUCCUCUCCAGCAGAGGACAGUAGGAAGUUGCAUGAAGCCAUCUGGUACAGACAUAAAGGACACCGUAAAACCAGACUCUGCUCCUCCCACCAGGCAGACUUUGGUGUUAAACCCCUCUCGCUCCCAACCCUUUACGAAUCACCCUACAGAAAACCUCAGCACAAGAGGAAGUCCAGGUUCUGUUAGGAGGAGAGGAAGCGAGGAGAGAUGUUCUGCUUCCAGCCUUGCUACUUCUGCCUCCCCUCUUCAUUGGCCUGAAACCCCCCUCCAACACUGGCCGACCAACCUCACCAGCCAAUCAGAGCAUUGGAGUGAUCAGGGAGAAGAAAAAGCACAAGAAAAACCAUACCCACAACCAGCCAAUCAGCACUUCUGCUUUCAAAGAGGCCACUCCCGCCGUGUACCCCAUCACCAUGCUGACCUCAAAGCCCAAAGUUCUGUCCAGCUAACAAAUCAACAAGAGGCCCUUCAGUCUCUACAGCAGGAAGUGAACAAACUAAAAGAAAGACUAGAGGGAAGUCUGAGUGUCUCCAAACCUGCCAACCCAGUUAGAGCGCCCUCUACCUUCACGAAGGACAGCGGGAUUCACACAUUUCCACAGACCGCAACACCUCAGUGGCUUGGUUUAAGGUCUUCAGAGAGAAAGGGAGGGCAGGUGGAGAUGAGGAGAAACAGGGAUGCAGAGGAAAAUGUAAGAGGAAGCACACCACGAGCAGCCCCGAGGAAGAGAUCAGCAUCUUUAUCUCGAAAUAGAUCUGAAUCCAAUACAAGUAUGUUCAUCUCAAGUGAUUCUGAACGUGCUCAGUCUGAGCCGAGAUCAUCUACAUUUAGUUAUAUCCCAGUGUCACCUAUGAUGUCAAGAGAAAGAAGACAAAUCAGAGCAAGAUUCGGACCUCACAUAGACUCCCGGCUUAAUGGCACAUCCGAGGGCGGAUCUGAUGAUAAUGAUGAAACAGAGCCAAUCCGAGUCCCAGAUCUGACCUGUCCACAAUGCAUGUCCAAGCGUACUGCUGGUUCUGCACGUCCAGUGAGAAGUUCUCCACGUCAUGCCCAGUCCCACUGCAGCCAUUGUCCAUUGUGUGGUGCAUUACAGUUCAGUCAAUCAAGAGCCCCUCAGUCAGAAAAUCAGGACCCAGUCCACACCCUCAGAUGGAGUCAACCAAUGAGGGCCUCACAUGGGGACAGAGUGGGUGUGAACAUUCCAGUGGCCCCUCCCCUUACAGCGCUGGGUAGUGUUCCAGUCGUCCCAUAUGUGCCAGUCUAUCCUUCAACUUUUUACUUAUCCAGCCCUGUAACAACACAGGCCCACUCACAAUCAUUUAACGUCUUGCCAAGUCCCUCAAGAGAUGAGAGGUCAGAGGUUAGGGGUCAUCGCCGGCGUUCUCUUUCUAUGGACCAUCAGUCGUCUUCUUUGAGCAGCUCUCUGACACGUGCCAUCACGGUAGCUAGAAACAUGAGGCGGGUCUCACGUCACAUGACUCACUCUCUGGCCUCAGGACUGGAGAACAUGAGUUAUCUCACCAUGACCUACUGACGCCUUCGUUUACAUUUAUUCGUUUAGCAGAGGCUUUUUUCCAAAGUGACUUACCAAUAUGACUACAAAAGUGACACCUGUCUCGCCAUUUUACAGAAGAUGCAUGGCGCUAGUCAUUUUUUGGAAACGAACUGAAAAAAAUGGAAAAACAUUAAACACACUCAUAGGUUGACAAAUGCAUUAAAGUUGUUACUUUUUUAUUGGUUUUCAUAUAAACAUUUCUUUGUGGAAGCGAUUUGUGAUGGAAAGACGUGUAAAAUGAUGUAAAAUUUGAAAUGUCUCAGGUAACGCAGUCAUAUAAAGUGGCAUUUGCAUUAUGGCAGCUUAAACAUACACAACAAUGGCUUCAAAAAGUAUUUGGACUAGUGUAAGACACACUCAAUGCUUUAUUUAACAUCAAAAUGUUUAUUUUAAAGAAUUUUCGAGCAAGCAAAAAAUUAAAUAACAUAAACUUGAGAUAUAAAUUUAUUCAUCCACUUAAAUUUACCUUGGCUUCUUUGCUUACUUCGUAUACUCCACUUUCUCCCACAGUCCAAAAACGUGCAGGUUAGGUGAAUUAGAGAUGUCAUUAUAGUCCUUUUCUUUCUUUCUGUGUAGAUCAACUAAUAUAGAUUAACCGGUUCUCCCAAUGAAUAGUCAUAUAUACAUACUCAAAUGGCGUUAAAAAAUACAUUCGUAAAUUUACCUUGGAACCUGAUGGUAAAGUAUUUGGAAAAAAACUAAAGAAAUUAAAUAAUUCUUAGAAAAUGUCUAAAAGCUAUGAUGUUUACAAAUUUUUCAGUGUGUCCAAAUACAUUUAGGGCUCACUGUUAUCUCAUAAAGCUCAUUUACACAAUGUAUCAAAUUCAGUGGCGGCUGGUGACUUCUUUUUUCGAGGGCGCUCGAUGCGUUGUAUGUAGCCCUUUCUUUGUGUGGUUCGUAAUUUCAAAUAUGUGUUCUGCGCGUCAAGAGAUCCUGUGUGCAUCACGUGUCUUGUCAAAAUGAGUGCCUCUGAUGCAGACGCGUCUAAAGGGUUUAUGAUAAAAGAGAUGCUCGUGUUUGCCAGAUACUCGCAUAAUUUCAUGCGUAAUCACAGUUUACUGUUAAGGGAGUGUCUUUUAUGAAGGUGAGCGUCUCUUUUAUCAUAAACGGUUUUGAUGCAUGUGCAGCAGGCACUUAUUUUGACAAAACACAUGAUGCACAUGGUUCACAUGACGCAACAAACACUAUUUUGAAAACACAAGCAACACACAUGACACACCGAACACUUAAUUUGAAUAUGCGCCUCUCGGAUGAGCAGUCACGAGCAACCACUGAUCAAAUUUAUGUUUACACAUUUUUUUUCCACUUUUACAUUUUGAAUGUGAACAUGUUUUAUCUUAUGAAUCUGUAAGUGACAGAUUUGUGAAUUCUAAAAUAUUUUUCUAAUUGAGAAAAAACAGUGCUGCUGAUCUAGUUGAAUUGUUUGUUUUAUGGGACCCUUUUACUUGUAUUGAUUUACACAUUUUAAUCUGAAUAAUUGUUUUACACUUGUGCCUUUACUUUUAACUUUACAGUCAACAUCAGCAGAUAUUCAGUGCAGUGGAGUGUAGACAAUCCCAAAAUACUUUGAGUCACAAGAGUUUGUACAGUAGCAGCAUUAAGGUCAGUAUUCAAGGACCAGCAUGCAUUUCACUUUGUGAACCACAAUCUAGGGACUUAUGUAUAAACAAAAUUUUGGAGUAGCCUACAUAAUUUUAAUAAAUGAACAAUUGACUAGAGACUGGGGUCAUUGAUAAGUUAGAUUAUGAAUGUCACUGGUAUGCGAGUUUAUAUUGUACAGUAGCAAUUAUUAGCUUUUAGUUAUGAAUAAGAUGUAAGAUUUUUUUAAUCUUAUAGGUUGUGCAAUGAAGAUUACAUUUUCUUCUGAGGAUUUAAAGACAGUUAGGGAAAGAACGAAGCUUUGGGAAAAUGCUUUUUGAGGUAAAUGUAAAAAACAGUAAGGUGUUUGAUGUUUUAUAUUUAUAUAGUUGUAAUUGCAGGCAUUUAUUUACGAUUAUAAAAAGAAUCUUAAAUAUUUUACAUGGUGUGUUGUCCUGUUUUUUGUGGCCCUGCCUCUGUUUGUCAUUUUUUUUUAAGAUAAGGAACAACCAGGAUCUUUCAUGUGACUUCUCUCAAGCGUCAUUGCUACAGUAUUUGUUUGGAGGUAAAUCAAACAGUCCAUGCCAACACUUACAUUUUUAAUUUAAUUUCCAUAUUUAUGGAAUUCCUACAUUUAAAAUGUAUUUCUAAAGCAUGCAGUUAUAGAUAGAUAGAUGAAGAAGAUGCUUAAAGCAUGCCACAAAAUUACUAAAUUCCAUAUUUUGUAAUGGAAGCCAAUUUAUUAGACAGCCUUAGUACAUCGGUACACAUGAAGUAUACUUUAGUUUGUGCUUCAACACUCGCAAACAUAGAUUCCCACAGAUUUAGGACGCACUACGUUCUUAUUUAUUGAUAUUCUUUGAAAAAUAAAUAUAAUAGAAAUCAACCAAGUAGACACGGUUGAGUGCUUGACAGCAGCAAACUCAAAAUAAGGUAAUAUUUUAAAAAGAGAGCAAUAACCAUAAGCAUUUGCAUCACAAAA